AUGGCGCGACGACUCCCUUCACGACGAUCGUUAUCGAUGGGAGACGAGAAUAUGUCCAGGAGGGCAUCAGUCGAGCCGUCCAAUCCGAAUGUCUUCAGUGACGAAUACGCAGUCGACCCUGCUGAAGCCCUAGCUAGCCCGAGUCCAACGGGCUCAAUCGAUGGCCAACCCGAACGCCUGAACCUGGGCCGCCGUGACAAUGUGCAAAAUGCUCCUCUUACAGGCCUCAACCGUCUUUCCACCUCCCACCGACCCUUUCCAGCCGAAUCAUCCGCCGAUCCCCACCGAGCCGUAUCGACCUCUUCCCGUUCCAUGGCUGAUUCGCGAAGAACCCUCAGCACCUCCUCUCGAUUUUCUAUGCCCCGAGCUCAGAGUCCCUACCGGGGACCGACGGCACCGAGUCAACCAUAUGGGUUAUAUCCUCAGGCUACUCGUGCCUCGAGCAUUGCUAGCGAGUCUACCAUCAGACCCCUGGAGCGACCGUUUGUUCCUCAGGGUGGUCCAGAACACCCAUAUUCGAUGUACCCGCAAAAUACGGUCCCUGAAGAAGGCGAUAAUCCAGAGACAAAUAUACCUCUAGGGUUCCCAGGGCUAGGGCAAUCAUAUCAACCGGGAACAAAUUCAUCAGGGGACGAUGUGGGUGAUAUUGUGGGAACUGACGGCCACGUCGAGCAGUUACCCCCAUAUAGUCGGUACGCCGACAAUGUCAUUGCAAAAGGCGAUAUGGCGAGGAUAGAUCCGCAAAGAACCAGUACCAGUGAAGAUUCAACGACCGCUGCAGCCACCCAACCCCCGACAUCCUCCGCGUCUGACGUGGAACUGACCGCAGUGAGGUCUGGACCUGGUGCUGAGGAAACUGCACGGAAAGAAGGUAUGAGCGAAAAGAAGAAGAGGAGGAGGACUUGCUGCGGACUGCCAGUGUGGACCAUGGUCAUCCUGGUAGCAGUAGUGGUUUUGGCAGCUGUACUGGGUGGCGUGGUCGGUGGAAUCGUAGGCACCAAAAAGGGAACAGAUCGAGCUCUUGCUUCAGGAGCCACCACGACGGUUUGGCUCGACGCGGAUCCUGCCCAAACAGGCCCAUCAACACCCGCUUGCCCGACCGGACAUUUUACUAUCCCCCUCAAUCAAACGCAAGAAAUUGACGCGUGCGUUGUCGAUGGCACAUAUGCACACAUCUGGGACUGUGGAAAUUUUCCCAAGCUUGGAGUUGAUGUGUUUGAAAGCGGGAACGGUGGUCCACCCCUUUCGGUGGUCUUCGACGACUACUCUGUGAGGCCUCAACUGUUCAAAUAUGGUCCACAGCCGCCCGACUUCAAUGGUACAGCCUUCACGCUACAGCCCUAUAAGGACAAGGAAGACGACGAACUUGGUGUCGCCUUGUUCUUUAGCGUCCUGUUUGACAAGCUUAGCAUUUUACAUUCCGAUGAACUCACUCCUUCUGGUCCGAAGAAACGAUCGGUUCCCGCAUCUCAUCUGGAGCAAAGGGGUGAUGAUAUAUGGACCGCGGACUAUCUCAGCGUUGGUGAUCAACCAUGGUACUGCUUCUGGAAUUCGACAAUCAGCGAGUUUUGGGUAUUUUUGGACCAGGACACCACCGACGAUGAUGACUCGAGUGCCUCGGGCUCUGCUGCCACCAUCACAUCUGGGGACCCCACGGCCACCAGUGCCGCUGUGUAUGGUUCUUCGCCAUCAUCUCCAAUGCAUAUAACCCAAUCGACCACGCUUGAUCCAUCAAUGACUACUCCAUACCCGAGUGAGCCCACCGAAGAUGGGCAUAUGGGUGACCCGAAAAUUCGACGUCAGGCACCGGUCGGCUCGUCGUAUUUCCCCAAAUUGGUGAAGAUGGUAGAGAAGCGCAAGCCAGAGAACAACAUACAGCCCUAUUGCCAGCAGAUGCAAGUUCUUAACAACUGGCAAAUCGUGCCGAUACCCGAGAUACCGACCAUUUGCAUUGAAGAGAGUGAAUAUACCCCAGCCGCCUCCACAGGAGGAAGCAGGAUGGCAAUUCGCAAACGUGGCCCAGAUACGGUGCAGCAAAUGGGGUCCAACUGUAUUUGCGAAUGGUUUAGUAUCGAUGUGUGA